AUGCGUCUCAUUACUCACAACUUGCUCACGUGCAACAAGAAGGGCGUGAGUAACGGCUACCCCCUUGGCCUUGAUGUUGACGAGGUGGAGGUGGUGACCUGCGACUUUCAGGCCGCUUUCGUGCGCAAGAUGCUGACCAAGCUGGACUGGAGUGCAUUCCUCGCUGGUGCCAAAGCUCUAGAGGUCGCAGAUGGCCUUCCCGAAACAAUACCCAGCGCAGAAGACGGAGCGGCGGACGAUGAAGUGCUGCGCAAGAUUCACCACGCUCUACUAGAGGUGCACGUGAAGAAGGGCAAGCUCGUGUGUCCCGAGUCUGGCCGGGUGUUCCCUAUCAUUGAUGGCAUCCCCAAUAUGCUGCUGAACGAAGAUGAGAUCUAA